UGGUGUCUGGUCUGGUGACAGAUGCUGGAGAGGUGAGAACAUUCCUGGUGACGCCAUCAUGUACAAUGACCGAAAUCUGUGGGACGAGAAUCCGGGAAACUUGUGGCAGGAGAAAGGCUUGAUGUCGACGCUCCGAACCUGGACGGGGUUGGUCGCAGUGGGGUAUACGCUUGGACUACUUGCCUGUCUUGCAGCAGGGGUGACUGGUCCCGGGCUGUUCACUUCGAAGAAUGCCGUCUUCUCGACAAUAGAGGGAACCGCGACCGCAGCGACCAACUACGCGUUCGAUAUCUCGCAGUACGAGAGGACGCACCAGAGCAUCUACCUCGCGAUGAGGCUCAACAUCCCCAUCCAGCUGCAGAACUCAAUGGAGCUGAACGACCAAACGAGUUACGAAACCGAGGGAAGCUACAGGAUCUCGCUCUACGGCUCGCCGCAAUCCACGCUCGGCCGCGGGGGUGACGUCUGUCCUUACGGCUGCGUGUCGUGUCCUGAGGGAGACGAGGGUCUUGGGUUGACGUGCGACUUGCUCUCUGAGGAUGCGACGGGAGGGGAGUCUGUCGCUUGCGAGGGCGGGGAGGAAUGGUGCUCGUGGAUGUCCCUAUACAGCGUGAACUUCGUGGAGCACAAGACAUACUAUUGGGCGAUAGAGACAGACAACGGCAUGGACGAGUUCAUAGCAGACGCGGAUCCUGAUGCCUUCCAGGACUGGCUUUCCGAGUUCGAGUUGGCGUGGUACUACACCUGGGCGUUCGUGACCCUGCUGGUCAUGUUCCUACCGCCCCGUGGGUUCUUCACGGUGGCCUUGAGGGAUGACAUUCGAUGGAGCAAGUGGACGAGACUGCAGAAGUGGGCUGCGGUGCUCCUGGUCGGGCUUUUCUUCUUCAACAACCCCUUUCUCGCCGCACAGAUUUACGGGGCUUCCCCCAAGUCGACGUUCAUCUGGUACGCCGUCGCAGAGGGCGUUUUCGUGUCCCUGCUGCUCCUUUUCCUGCUCGACAGGCUGUUCGAGGCGGGCAACGCGGACAACGAGAGGGGGACCAAGGGGGCUCCGGCGAGAGGGGCGGGAGUGAUGCUCGCCCUCCUCCUGUGCAUCGUGUACGUGAUCAACAUGAUCGAUAUCCGGGUGUCGAGAGAUGGCAACCCAGAUCGGGUUCACAAAUACCCGUACACGUCGACUGGCACGGAGAAGAUCCUCACCGUUUUGGUCUUCGUCUACUGCUGCUGGGCGUUGCCCCUGGCCGGGCGGGCGUGGCGGUGGGGCCGGGGCCGAGAGAAGCUGCGAUCGAGCCCGCGGGCCCGGUUCGUCGUUCUCUCCUCCUUCGUGACGUUGGCGUUGCUGCUCCCGGCGAUCAUCCUGGAGUACCUGCAGCCGAGAGUACGAGGCGGAGCGGCCUUCACCCUCUCCCACGGGGGCGUCAACCUCUACGUCGUGGCGCUGGCGCUCCUCUGCGCUCCGACGCGCGCGAAGAAGGAGGCCACAGACGCCAAGUCGUCUUCGUCGCCGUCAGUCGCAGGAGAAGCCGACGAUGACGUCAUCCGGACGACGAUCAACCCAAUGGCCAACCACAGGGCCGUCGACACAGUACAGGAGGAAGAGGGGGACGAAGAGGAGGAGGAGGAGGAGGAGGAGGACGAGGAGGGGGAGGGGGAAGAAGAGCAACGCCCCAGGAGCCACAUUUGGUCCAGAAAGAAGCCCGCCAGGGUUCAGAACUCGACCCUUUGGGAGGACGCCUGA